ACCGUAUUCUUUUUAUUCCCCAAACAAAACCCACAAAAUUCCCCAAAUGAUUCGACGAAUUCUGAUCGAAAUCCAUUCUGGGUCUUGAUCUUGAUCUUGUUCUUGUUCUUGUUUCGAUCACAUCUGAAAAGAGUUGCCCAGAGAUCACCAGUUCUCUACUUUCACUUUCUUUAUACAGGCACAGCUGCUAUGAAUCUUUAACCAGGGUGGUUGAAUCGGUUUAGAUGGAUUUCCUUGUUGAUGGGGUUGGUUCUUUGCCAACCACCCAUAACUCUGCAACCAUAUUACCUUUCACUUCGCCGGCGAAAAUCCGGCCACCUCAUCCGCCGCCGUCUUCAAAACCCGAAGGAUCUCCAUCUUCAUCCCAUUUGAUAGCAGCGACAUGUACGGAUUCAGUUGGCAGUUCGAAACUUUCUUAUAAAACCACAUAUGAUUUCAUUCAAAAGGAGAUCGUACCUGCAACACCUUCGAAAGAUGUUGCACCCAAUGAGGUCCUUGAUCAAACCGCAAAAGAGUACUUUCAUAAACAAAUUAUGGAGUUAGAAUCUAAAUCUGCCAGUAAGCAGCCCAUUAAUGAACCAGAGAGGCUGGAACCAGCUGGGUUCAAUACAAGCCCACAAAGCAGUUUACAUUCUGCCACACAGUUUACAGAAGCCAAAGAAAGCUUCACUAGCACAGAAGUCAGUGAGUUUGCAAGUACUGUCGAGAAAGCGGUCGGAAAUGGCCAAGCCAGCGAAUCAUGUGAUUACGUUGAAAGCAGCAAAACGAGCGUAUAUAGGGGAAGCACCGGGAGUGAUCUAAGUGAUGACAGUAGCUCGAGUAGCUUCAAUAGUGCCAUUUACAAACCCCAUAAGCAAAAUGACACUAGAUGGGAAGCUAUUCAAGUCGUUCGAUCCAAAAAUGAGACGGGUUUGCUAGAAAUGAAGCAUUUUAGACAUUUGAAGAGAUUGGGAUGUGGUGAUAUCGGAAGUGUUUAUCUCUCGGAGUUGAUCGGAACUCGAAACUUCUUUGCCAUGAAGGUAAUGGAUAAGGUGGCUCUCGCCAGCCGGAAUAAGCUCUUGAGGGCACAAACCGAAAGAGAAAUCUUGCAAUCUUUGGAUCAUCCAUUUCUGCCCACUUUAUAUGCACAUUUCGACACCGAGAAGCUGUCUUGCUUGGUGAUGGAGUAUUGCCCUGGUGGCGAUUUGCACGCUCUCCGCCAGAAACAAUCUGGGAAGUAUUUUUCCGAGCAUGCAGCCCGGUUUUAUGUAGCAGAAGUUCUCCUUGCUUUGGAGUAUCUGCAUAUGCUUGGGAUCAUUUACAGAGACCUGAAACCGGAGAAUGUUUUAGUCCGGGAAGACGGUCACAUAAUGCUCUCGGACUUUGAUCUCUCUUUGAGAUGCGUCGUGAACCCAAAACUGGUUCGGUCCGUGACCACUACCUUGGAACCGAAAAGCUCAGGUUCAUGUGUCCAGCCCGCUUGUAUGGAGCCAUCUUGCAUGAUCCAGCCAUCCUGCAUCCAACCUUCUUGUUUCGGUCCGCGCUUCAUGAACAAGCCCAAGAAAGAAAAGAGGUCGAAACCCAAAACCGAAAUAUACAACCAAGUGAUCCCGCUGCCGGAACUGAUCGCCGAGCCGACGAACGCACGGUCGAUGUCGUUUGUCGGGACCCACGAGUAUCUGGCACCGGAGAUCAUCAAGGGGGAAGGGCAUGGGAGUGCUGUCGAUUGGUGGACAUUCGGGAUAUUUCUUUACGAGCUUUUGUUCGGGAAAACUCCGUUCAAAGGGGCAAGUAACCGAGCGACUUUGUUCAACGUGGUCGGGCAUCCGUUGAGAUUUCCGGAAUCGCCAUCGGUUAGUUUUGCUGCUCGGGAUUUGAUCAGGGGGUUACUGGUGAAAGAACCGCAACAUCGACUCGCGUAUAGAAGAGGAGCGACGGAGAUCAAACAGCACCCAUUUUUUCAGAGUGUGAAUUGGGCGCUUAUCCGGUGUGCUACUCCACCGGACGUACCCGUUCCGUCGCCGGAGGAAGUAGAUGUGAAGCCUUCCGGCAGCUACGUAGAGAUUGAUUUCUUUUAGAAUGGAGAUUGAAAUUUUGUAAAGAAUGUGGUGGGAAAAUGAAUCUUGUGUGUGUUGCUAUGUUUAUGUGGUUGGAUUGAGCCAAGAGGUAAAACUGUAAAACAAUUUUCACCGUAUCAGUGGUGGUGUCUAGUUCAGUUCGUAAAGGGAUAUGCCCUUUC